CUCAUCUCAGUCGGCACAACUCAAACAAUCGAUCCCACAAUGGCCUUUAAGUUCGUCGUUCUCGCCGCCCUCGUGGCCUGUGCCAGCGCUGGACAGAUCGCCUACUCUGCAGGACCAGCUUACCACGCAGCCCCGGCUGUGGCCUACUCCGCCGGUCCAGCUCUGCACGCUGCUCCAGUAGCCUAUCAGGCAGCCCCCGUCGCUUACAAAUCCUACGCUGCUGCUCCCGUUGCAUACGCCGCUCCAGUUGCCUACGCCGCUCCAGUCGCCAAGGCCGUCGUCACCAAGACCGUCGACGCCGAGUACGACCCCAACCCUCAGUACAGCUACUCUUACGAUGUCAACGACGCCCUGACCGGUGACUCCAAGACCCAGGAGGAGCAGCGCGACGGUGACGUCGUCCGCGGCAGCUACUCCCUUGUCGAGGCCGACGGCACCCGCCGCGUUGUCGAGUACACCGCUGACCCCCACAACGGAUUCAACGCAGUCGUUCACAAGGAGCCCGCUCAGGUCGCCGUUAAGGCCGUCCACGCCGCCCCCGUAGUCAAGGCCGUCCACGCUGCCCCCGUUGUCAAGGCCUUCCACGCCGCCCCAGCUGUAGCCACCUAUGCUGCUCCCGCCCUGGCCUACAAAUCCCACGCCGAGUACUACUAAGUUUGCAACCGAGUGAACAUGUGAUAGUGUUAAUUAUUCCGACUGUCUUCGAUACCAGUAUACCCAUCAGCUUUAUACAUACCGGCAAACGACGUUCUUUAAAAUAAGUGACUUGUAUUUUUGUCUCUAAGGCUAAAUAAGUCUGUAAAUAUGUUUAAUAAACUUCCGACACAGCUUUAAUACUCAUAAA